GUGUGCAGCGCAGGGCCAUUGCGGCUGUGCGUGCGGCGCUGCUCGUGGUGUUGGCGCUGGUUGUGGCGGCGGCGUGGAUGCCCGCGGCGCAUGCGGUGGUGUUGCGACUGCGGGGCGGCACGGUGGACAGAGCCAUCACGGUUGGCCGCGCCGUGGACACGGUGCUGAUGGACGGCGUGUCCAUCACUAACGGUGUGGCUGUGGUGUUUGACGUUGCGGCGAUGCUUCCCGGCGCGCUGCGCAUUGAAUUGAGGAACUGCGUGUGCGACGGCGGUGCGCAGAUCUACGUGCGGGGCCACAGCAGCGAGCCGGCGAGUGACCAGAGCCUGGAGGUGAGCGUGAGCGGGCUGUCUGGGAGCUACUGCUCGCUUGUGUUUGUGCACAACCUGCCGGCCCACACGAACGUGACGGUCCGCGACUCGACGAUUGUGACGGCGGGGCCGAUGCGCUACUCCCAGGUGAGCGGGCUGACGGACGCGGUGGCAUCGCCGCUUGUGCUGUACGCGACGUCGCUGUUGCAGACGCAGCUGCGUGUGAGCAGCACUGUGCUGAGGUCGUUGCACGCGGGCGGGUCGGCGGUGCACGUUGGCGGCGGCGUGGACCUGCUGUCGAGCGCGGUGGUGCUUGACGGCGUGUCGCUGGAGGCGUCGGGCGGUCCGACCGCGUCCGCGUUGCGUGUGGCGUCUUCGUCGCGCCUCAGUCUGCGGAGCCACUCGGUGUUCUCCGUGACGAACGUGUCUAUCGUGAGCAGCGGCGGCGGAGUUGUGCUUGGAGAGCGCCUUGCGGUGUUUGAUUCAGUGCUGCGCUUCGUGGGCGUCGAGGGAUCUGUUGAGUCGUCGCUGGUGCGCUGCGACGGUGGGACGGUCGGUGCCGGCGGGUGGCUGGACCUGCACGACGUGUGGGCGGUGGGCGAGGCGUCGUCUUUGGCGUCGCUGUCGGGGGUGACGCUGAGCGGCGGCGCCGUAUCGAUUGCGCGCUGCACUGCCACCGGCGCGACGCUUGUCUCCGGGCUGACGAUCAGGAGCGGCGCCGUGUGGGUGCAGUGCAACCGUGUCGGCGGCCGGGUGCUGCAGAGCAGCGGCGACUACCGCUUGGCCGGCCUGCCCUCCGUGAGCGUGGUGCCGUGCGACGGCUGUGCGGCUGCGCUGGCGUGCUUCGAUGCGCUGACGGCGUCGGUCACCGACUGCGUGUGCAGCUGCCGUGCCGGCGGCGUGGGCGAGGCGUGCCUGCCGUUCGACGUGCCGCUUGCGAGGGCCGGCGGUGGUGGUGGCGGUGCGCCGGGCUGCAUGGGUGGCGUGACGCUGACGGAGUCCGUGACGGUUGGCGGCGUGCGUGCGACGGCGUGCUUCGACUCGGUGGUUUUCAGCGGGCCGAUCACUGUGGCGGUGGAUCUGCGCUCGAUGGAUGCGUUUGCUGACGCGCUGAACGUGACGCUGCGCCACUGCGUGCUUGAGGGCGGUGCGCAGCUGCGGAUUGGCGGCCUCAGCGAGAGCACGGCGCGCCCGAUGCCGCACGCCCUCGUCAACAUGACGAAUGUGACGUCGCUGGAGGGCACGAUCGUGCUGCAUGGCGCGAUGCCGCUGCACUCGAGUGUGCUGCUGGCGAACUCAACGCUGCGUGCGACGGUUGGCGGGUCGCAGUACGUGCAGACUACCCGUGGCCACGAGGGAUCCCGGCACGGCCCCGCACUAGUUCUGGACGGCGUCCGGCUUCUGUCGACGCGGUUUGUCAUGACGCGGUCUACGCUGGUGUGCGGCGGGGAAUCGUGCGCUGCGAUCCUCGUGGAGCGCGGCCUCGGCGCGAACCUGUCCAGCGUCUUCUACAUGGACAACUGCGCUGUCCUGUCGCGGACGCACGUGAUGUACGCCCUUGCGUCGGACCUGCGUGUCAGCGGCGGCUCCGUGUUCUCCAUACAGAACAGCUCGUGGAGUGCGCCGAGCAGAGAAUACUACGAAGGUGCUUUUGUUUUCAAGGACGUUGUGGUGGAUGGCGGCAGCGUGCUGCAGAUUGUGUUCAGCACUUUCCGUCUCGGCUUCGCCAUGCUCAUUGCAAACACGCUGACCGUGACUGGCGGCAGCUGGCUGGUGCACCGCGACAACGAGUUCCGCACCGCCUACGUUGUGUACGUGGCCGACGUGAAUGGCGUGGCGUUCCGCGAUCGGAGUGUGUGGUCGAUACUACACAACUACUUCACGUACGGCUCGUACUCGUCAACCAUUGUACUUAUGACAAGCAAGUGGUCAUCACCAUCCGACUUGCGCCCGAUCAUCUACGGCAUGUGCAACGAGCUAAGGGGCUCCCCUGUGACGAAUUACGGAGAAGACCUCAAUAUUGGGACGCCCGUGACGGUACUGGACUGUGGCGUUUGCACGGUGGACGCCGUGUGCUUUCCAGCGAGGACGAGCGGCAUCAGUGGCUGUGAGUGUGUGUGCGCUGCUGGCGGCUACGGUGACACUUGUCUGCCAGCUGCGGUUCCGGACGGCCUUGGGCCGCUCCCGCUCCCCGAUGCGAACGACACGGAGGUUCGCUGCGUGCACGGUGGCAGCAUCAGCUCCGUGGAAUAUACUGAUCCCGGUGUGCGUGGUCUGUGCUUCGUCAACGUGACCUUCACUGCCGCGAUUGUGCUGGACCUGUGGAGCUUUGACGCACCACAACAUACACUCAACAUCACGCUACUGCAGUGCGUCCUCGUGGGCCUGUCGAUCAAGGGGAGUAUUGCGCGCGUGCACGUGAACGUGACAUCCUCGAUGAUGGAUUCUGGUGAGUUGGAGUUCAGGGGUGAUUUUGGCGCGAGCUCCCAGAUACUGGUGGUGGGCAGUACGCUUGUGUCGACGUUGAGCUACGCUAUUGCCUUUCCGGAAUUCUCCCUCGGUGCGAAGUCGACGCUGCUGCUAAUUGACAACCACAUUGAGGGGAAUAGGUACGCGGUUUAUUUCUCCGAUGCUGUUGUCGUUGAUGGUGGCGGGAUCAUUGUGAAGGGAAAUACGCUGAGCACAACGAAGGAUGAUGACGGUGUAGAAUCAUCUGUUUAUUUUUACGCUGUUGACAUGAGGAACGGCGGCUACAUUGACGUGGAGAACAACACGAUGAGCGCGUUCAAUGGCGUUCAUGUUUUUGGGUGUACCACCGUGAGCUCCGCGGGACUGCUGCGAGUGGUGGACUGCACCUUCUUUGGCAGCACGAGGGUUUUCAAUUCCGUGCUGUUGCAUUUGUCUGGCUCUGUGACCCUCCAGGGUGGUGCGCAGUGGCGUGUGAAGGGCAACAGCGUGGGUGCAGUUUCGGUAUUAGCUAUUCCGUAUUUCUGGCACAAAAUUCGGCUGUCGGGCAGCGGCACCACCGUGGUGCUUGCACACAACCGUCAGGUGGGCUCCAGAUUGCCUCUUUUCAAUAUUUUUUUAGCGAGCAUUGUCGUGGCUUCACCCGCGCGUUUUGUGGUUGGGUGUAACCUGCAGGGCGACGAGGAGGUGUCGUACGACGGCGCGUUUCCGGUGGAAGUGGUGGUGUUCAGGUGUGGCACAUGCAACGAUGACGCGGCGUGCUACAUGCCCGGGACGGAGUCGGUGGAUCGCGGCUCAUGCUCGUGCAGCUGCAAGGAGGGAUGGCAUGGCGCGUCGUGUCUUCCUUUCGAGGUGCCCGACACCUUUUCGCCGCCCGUGGCGGAGAGAGCCGUUGACGGCGACAGGAGCUGCGUGGUGAACCAGACGCUGACGGACCUCACGCUGAACAUGUGGAAGACGCACCACUGCUACGUGGGUGUGGCAUUCAGCGGCGUGGAUGCUGUGCUGACGUUUUUUCUCAACAGUAUGCCGCUGCGUCUUCCCAUCAACAUCACGCUCACUGGAUGCACAUUUCGUGAGGGUGCCGUGCUGCAGUUUGUUGGGGGAGUUGCGGCGGCCGAGUCAUCCGGCGUCCUUAUCCGCGUGAGCCAGACGGUGAUGCGGUCCUCCGUUGUUGUGUUUGCAUUCGCCCUCCCGCAACACUGCGAUAUCGCCGUCACGGAGGUUGACGCGGUGCAGUUUUCUACCAUUUUUUGGCACGACACUGUGAGCAAAAGGUUGAGCGUAGUGACGCUGCACGACGUUGUGUUGACUGCAUCCUCGUUGUUGGUCAGCAACGUCAAGGCGCAUGCGUUGAGGUACGGUGAGUUUGGUUUGUACUCUUUCGGGACGCUGACACUGGUGGGUGGCAGCUCGCUGUAUGCGCGUUACUGCAGUCUUGAUGGGUACGAACACCUGUUUUACGUGUACAGGCUCAGUGUGAGUGACCGCUCCGUUUUUGCGCUGCUCAACAAUACAAUGUCCUCUGCGACAAGCCUCCUGUACCAGCACCACAGAUUCAGCGUGUCGGAACAUAGCGUGUUGCGCGUGGUGGGGAACAGCGGUAUCGUGGCCUGCGCCAUCUACGCAGAAGACUUGUGGACCGUCCAGCGGUCAAGCUGGCUGGAUUGGCGCGACAACGACGUGGGAGUGGGUGCGAUGUUUCACGACACUGGGUCCGCUUUUGUGAGCAUCGACAGCAGCAGUGUGGUGACGCUGACGGGCUGCAGGAUGGGCUCGACGGGGUUGUCGAGGCCUCUGCUAUCGCAGGCUGACGCCGGCUACCGGUUCUUUGCUGGGUGUCUGACGGUUCUUGGACGAGUUUUGACGACGACGGGAGAACUGGAGCUGAGCGGCAUCACCAACGUGACGACGGUUGCUGCGUGUAGGGAUUGCACGAAGGACGGCGACUGCUUUGCUCCGCUGACGACAGCGGUCAUUGACUGCAAGUGCCAGUGCGCUGCUGGAGGGCACGGCGAUGUGUGUGUCCCGGCGCCUGUGCCUGUUGGGCCGCCACCACCGCCACCACCGCCGUCGCCACUGCUACCGCCACCGCCGCCGAUUGGUGAGUGCAUCAGCGACAUGGUGUACCCCGAGGUUGCGCAGUCUGUGGGCAGCGGGCUGUCGUGGCUGUGCUACCGCAACGUGACGUUCAGCGGGGGCGGUAUGAGCCUGACGGUGCUGAUUGGGGCGAUGACGGGCGACGUGGCGAACGUCACGUUCGAUGGAUGCACGUGGAGGGAAGGUGCAGUGCUGUUGCUGUUGGGCAACGCGUACGCCGCUGUGGGGUCGCUGAACAUCGUCGUCACCGGCAACACAUUCAGUGACGCGCUGCUCAGCCCGGAGGGUGGGUUUCCACCGCGCACGAACAUCACGAUCAGCGGGAACCGCUUCACGGUCACGAGAAUGAUCCCUCGGCUGGGUUUGGGCCUUAGGAAGCCGUCGUGUGUUGCGAUGAAUGAGCUGGCGAUCAGCAACUACUCUGCGGUGGUGCUCAGUGGCAAUGCGUUUCAGACCAUGACGACAUCGUCAAGCGCCAUUCAAGUUGUCAAGUAUGCGCUGAGGGUGACGUGGCACUCUGUUUUUGCGGUGUUGGGCAACACGUUUCAUAUGGCUGGUGGCGAGGGCACACCGAUACAUCUUGAAGGUUAUGCCGAAUCCUUGUCACUGUUUGUACUGAACAGCUCUGCUGUGGUGGUCCGAGGCAAUCUUGUGUCGAGCCUGGUGCAGUACGUCAUCAUAUUUGUUUGGGUUUUUUGUGUGGAGUCUCGGUCAGCGGUUGUUUUUCGGGACAACGA